AUGGCUGCGGGCGCCAUCGCGCGUGGCGUGGCGCAGACGGUGCUGCACCCGGUGGACGUCGUCCGGACGCGCCUGCAGGCGCGGGGCGUGUCCUCGUCGUGGCGCCCGUCCGUCUUCAUCAAGGGCGUCGUGCCGCAGAUCUCGCUGGCCAUCCCGGCCGGCGCCAUGCAGUUCCUGGCCUUCGAGGCCGCCAAGGAGAAGCUGGCCCAGCUGCUGCCGGACGACUCCUUCGCCCAGGUCCGCGUCCUGCUCGCGGGCGCCGCGGGCGCCCUCGCCGCCGCCAGCUUCCGCAUCCCGCAGGAGGUCCUCAAGCAGCGCAUCCAGGCAGACAUCUACCCGAAUGUCCUCGUCGCGCUCAGGGAGACCCUCGGCAAGCAGGGCGUGCUCAGCUUGUACAAGGGCUCGGUCGCCACCAUCUCGAGGGACGUCCCAUGGAACGCCCUCUCGUUCCUGUUCCACGCCCAGGGGAAGAAGAUCUUCGCAAACGUCAAGGGCCGCGCCCCGAGGAACGACGAGAACCUGGCGGUCGCGGGCGUCGCCGGCGCCGUCGCCGCCAUUAUUAUGACCCCGGUCGACGUCGUUAAGACCCGCAUCAUGACCCAGAGGGUCGGCGCCGCCGUGCAGUAUUCGGGCAUCAUCGCCACGCUGCAGAAGAUCGUCGCGGAGGAGGGCGCCGGCACCCUCAUGAAGGGCGUCUUGCCGCGGAUCGUCUUCCUGGCCCCACUGGCGGGCAUCACCUUUUCCGUCUAUGAGGCCGUCGCCAAGAAUAUCCGACAGCGCAAGGCCGCCGAGGCUGUUCAGGUGGGGGAGCAACCUGCCGACAAUUCGCGCGUCGUCCGGAAGGCGCCCAGGAAGGGGCUCCGUCUCAGGGCCUUUGGCCUACGUUUUGCAAAGACACCUGCGAGAGUCGCUGCCGCCAAGGCACCCAUGGGGACCUUUGUUGGGGAUUAUGCCGCUGCAAGCCCAGUCUUCUUUUCGUUACCAUGCUAG